CCUAAACCAUAUAUAAUUAUGCCAAAUUGGAAUUUUUGUACUCCGAAAUAUAAUCACAUGCCCACAAAUCAUAAUGCACUGCACCUCCAGGCUCCUCUUUGUCUCUUAUAACGGCUAUAUUUCCCCCACUCGCCCAAUUAUUCAAAUAAUUCCCCCAAGUCCUAAUCCCAACGGUCCAAUUUCCACAAAUACAGUAUUAGCACUAAAAACACAUACAUAUAAUUAUAAAGCUUCCACAUUCCAAUUUUACGUACUAUCUUUCUCACAAUAUCUCUCUCGUUUUACAAAUUUACAAUGGAAGCUAUCACUACGACUACUCCUUGUACUGCUGCUGCUGCUGCUGCUGCUGCUGCAUCCGCAAGUGUUCAACAUGUGACCAAGAAGUCUUCCGACGAGCUGCUGAGGAAAUUUGCGGAUUCCGGGGACGAGGCUGAGGUUCCUGCGAGGAAACAGCUGGCGGUGAGGGUGUCGAAGCGUCGGAAAAGAAGCCGGGUGAACGGGGAUGGGGAUCAGCAGUGUGAGAGCCCGUUGAGUGGGAAGAGUGGGUUGGUGGAGAGGAGGUCUCUGCUUCCUGCUGGGACUAAAAGCAAGGCGUUGUUUAGGAAAAUUGGGAUUCAUGGCGGCAGGGCUUCACACCUCAGGGCUAGGGAUAUCAGGAACAAGUCCCUCUUUGGCACAAUUCACAAGACAUGGAGAAUGGCCAUUGAAGGAGCUUCAAAGGUUUUCAUGGAAAAGCAUUACAACAGGCACAAGCGUUUGAUCAAUGACAUUGUCUAGCUCAACGAACAAACACCCUCUUAGUAUUAAUCUGAUCGUCCAUUUUUAGAAUGUGGUUCAAAUUCAUUGUAUAUUAGUAUAAAGAUGCCUUUUUAUUAUGAAUUUUAUCGGUUUGGUAUGAAGUUUUAGUUUCCUAACACAAUCGGUUCAGUCUAAUUUCAACCCAAAAUCCAAAUCAUACCCAAUAAGACGAAUAUUCAAACCGAACCGUGUCCACCUCUACUAAUAAAAAUUCUCCACCUCCUCUAUAUAGCAGAGAUGGAGUUUCCCAA